CAUCUGCGUCUGGUGCAGACACAUGCAUCUCCCCCGACACCACAUCAACCAAGCUGGAUGUUCUAGCCAAGCUACUCCAUCGCCUCACCGGGACGAUUACCGGCACGUGCCGUACCGAAGCAUACCAGAUCUGCCCAGAUCAGCCCAGAUCACUUGUUGCGAUCAAAUCACGAGACUGUGUCUGAGGGCAUGAGAAGCGAUUAAGGCAGGAGAUUGCGUCGGAAGAGCCGAAAUGGCGGUGAACGGCGCACUGCCACCACCCACCUUCGACCUCGAUGCAUGGGCCAACAACUACGAAGGUGCUCUCCUUCCACUCCGUCUCGCACACGUCGCCACCCGCUGCCCUCCUCUCGCCCGCCAAAGCCUGACCACCGCCAUCUCCGCCGCCAAGACGGGCAAGAAUGUCCAGCUGUACAUGCGCCUGUGUGAGCUGGCAGGACACCUUGGUCUGGAUGACCUCCGCACGCCGGACGAAGCAUGGGUGAGCAAGCAAGACGAGGGCAACAAGCGCGAGCUGAGCCGGCUGGAAGGCGAGCUGCGCGGUUACAAGAACAAUCUCAUUCGCGAGAGUAUCCGCAUGGGCCAGGAAGAUCUCGCACAGCACCACCUCGUCACCGGUGGACCGCUACCUGACCUCAGCAAUCCUCAGUCGCUCAGCACCGCCGGCUACAAUGCCGCAUACCAGGCCUUCGGCAAGAUGCGCGAUUACUGCACCACUCCCACCCACAUGGCCGCCAUGACUUUGCGCUUGGUCUACUCCGCCGUGCUCAUGGCUGUCAACGCCCAGCAGACCGGUGGAUCAGCCAUGCACCACUUCAACAGCGUCCUCGCCAACGCCAGCCGCCUGCGCACCGCCGGAGUGAAGGAGGAAGAGCAAGUCAAGCUCACACCCAUCGCGAUCGCCAUGACCGGCAUUGCCCAUCUAGGCCAAGGCAACUACCGCGAUGCUGCUGCAUCUUUCCGCUACACGCCAGCAGAAUACAACAACCUCGGACCCAUCCACGGCGCAGACUUCGGCCGCUUGGUGGCCUCCGCGAACGACAUCGCCAUCUACGGUGGUCUUUGCAGUCUCGCCACGCUCAGUCGGCAGGAGCUCAUUGACAAGGUCCUCGGUGGCACCUUCCGCGUCUUCCUCGAGCUCGAACCGCACAUGCGCAAAGCCAUCAGCCUUUACACCACCGCCAAAUAUCAAGCCUGCCUCGACACCUUGCAACGUUACUACAGCGACUGGAGUCUCGACGUCUUUCUCGGCGCGGCUGUCAUUGCUGGUGGCAACGGCUCACACGUCGACCGCUUGUUCGCUCUGAUCCGCGAGAAGAGCAUCACCGCCUACUUCUCGUCCUUCUCCGAGGUCUCACUGGCCUCACUGGCCUCCACCUUCCCGCCCACGACUUACGCACAGACGGCGAUGGAGGACGAGGUGCUGAGCAUGAUUGACUCCGGAAGGCUGGACGCUCGGCUCGACGCUCUCAAUGGCGUGCUAAUUGCGCCUAAGUCAGAUGUCAGAGCGGCCGUGCAUGCAGAGGCAAAGCGAGCCGCGGAGGAGGUCGAGCGGACGUUGCUGUUGCGGCUGCACAAGGUGAACGCUGCGUUGGCCGGGUUGGAGAUUCCGCGGUCGAAAGCUGGCGGUGGGGUGGGAUGGGGAGAGGUUGCAGCCAUGGGUGACGGAGUGUACUGAGAGUAUUGCUGGCUGACGAAGAGGACGUGAUUGACGAUCUUGUCGGACUUCGGCUGAAGCCAGGCGUGAGCAUAGCGAGGGCGAAGACGGCGUCUGGGGAAGAUUACUCCACGCAAUGCGCGUCUGCAAUGGAGCGAGCCACUGCAUUUCAGCGCUUCGGAAUUCUCUUGUGCAUCUGCCGCAUGUAUAGUAUGCCAAGCCAAUUAUGCUUGAGAAUCGAGCUGUGGCGCCCAGCAUUGCCAGCCCAUCAGCGACCAAUCCUGCAAUUGACCCGAAGUAACGGUCACCUUCCCAAUAAAGAAAGAUAUGUCGCCACGUAUAGAACACCGGAUAGCAAUAUUGAGAUUGGUGCUAGAACUGAUGUUGCUCGUCUUCGACUCGCAUAGAAGUCGCACAAGGUGCGCAUCCGCCAAGCACGAUCGUAUGCG